AUGUCAGAAGAAAAAAUUAAUAAUCAAUAUGAACAACUUAAAUCAAAUACUUCAUCUGCUUCAUCAAAAGCAGCAAUCACCACAUCACCAAGUGUAGUUACAAAAAACAUAUUUUCAAUGAAAAAUUUUGUUAUUACCAAACAAACAUCCCCUCAGACCAGCAAUAAAGUGAUAUUCAAUCUUCUGGAGAUGCACACACCCGUAUUAACUACUGAUGCUGAAAACAUGGAAACGGACAGAGCCAUUGAUGAACCAAAAAGUCCUGAUAUCUGUUUAUUAAUACCAACAACUACAAAUGAUUUUCAAGCGAUAGAUGAUAGUGUAGUAGUUUCUCAACACAUGUCAGACCAAUCUCAAAGUGACACUUCUUCCGAUACAACAAAUAGUGAGAGUGAUGAUACAGAAGAUAGCAAUUGUAAUAUUAAUAAUGCUGAUGAUGAUAUUAUUGUACAACACAAGCACACAGAUAUUAGUCGCCCACCAAUAGUAACAAAAUCUAUAGCCGGUGUUCGUUUUAUUAACAGUCAAGAACUAUCUUUUGUUGAUAAACAACGUGCUCAACAUUCGAACAUCAAAUGGUAUCCGGAACAACAUUCCAAAGAACAACAGCAUAAAACGAUUCAUAAACCAAAUUGUAGUGAAUUUGCAUCAGAUCAAGCAAAAAUCGAACGAAGUGGUGGUGCAUUUAUUGCUAGACCUUAUUGGAAACUGGAACAUACAGGUAUUCGUGAGCAUGAACAAAGUGAUUUGUAUCGACAAUCAAAAGAACGGCGUAUUAUUGGAAGAACUAUUCGUAAUAAAGGAAAUGUUGUUGAUCAAAUGCGCUGUGUAAACAUGCAAAAACAAACGGAAAAAUAUUUAUCCAUAUUAAUACAAGCAAUUUGGUACAUUUUGACAGAAGAAAUCGCUCUCAUGAAAUUUAAAUCAUUGAUACAAUUCUUACAACGUGUUGAAUGUCCAGGGAUCGUUGAAUGGAUGAAAUUGUCUAAUGUCAAACAAAGAUAUUGGGGUCACGAAGCUAUUUCAGAAUGGCUCUUAUCGAUAAACAGUUACAUACAACAACAACAAAUGCAAUCUAUUAGAAAAUCAAAUUACAUAAAUAUAAUUGUAGACGAAACACAAGAUAUUUCAAUACAAAAAAUGGUGUCAAUUUGUUUGCGAUAUGUUGAACAAGAUACAGGUACAAUUGAAGAGGAACUAUUUAAAAUUAAGCCAAUAUUUGAUACUACUGGUGAAGGGCAUACAACACCCAAACCAAGCAAUACGCGAUGGACUUAUAAUUAUGAAACAGUACAAUUUGGUGUUAAACAUUAUUUAUCGAUCGUUCAAACUCUGACCACUAUCUCUCAACUGAAAAUAGAUGGAGCGUCUGAUGACAAAAGAUAUGCAAUUGAUUUAUUACAAAAUCGAACAGCUUUUAAAAUAAUUCUUUUAAAAAAUAUUUUACAACCGGCCAUGAAAUUUCUUCGACAAAUAGAAACAAGGGUAUCGUGCAUGGACAAUUUUACAAUGCACGUGGAUGCAGCCGUAGCUGCAAUUAGUCAAACGGUGAAAGAGUUUGAUUUUAUUUCAUUACGAACGUUAAUGAAUAAUGUACAACAAUAUAUGCCAACAAUACUUUCUACAACUCACUCGACGAGAUCCCGAGCACCAGCACAAGCAGUACUCAUUCAGCAAACUUUUGAUGAAAAUGAGUUACGAGAAAGUGGAGAACAAAUAGUGGCGAGUGUUCUACAAUCAUUGAACGCAAAAUUUGAUCGUGAAGCUAUAGAAUUGAUUAAAAAUUUCUCCAUUCUAUCAACACCAUCGAAGAUGACUGCUGAUGAAUUAUUAAACAACGAAUCGAUACAGAAAUAUACAAAAGAGAUCACAUAUACACACAUUAGUGUCGAUAACAAGGUAUAUACAAGGACAGAUCCACCAUUGUUAAACAUCUACAAAUUAAAAACAGAUGUUCAUUCAUUUCUAACAUUCACAAAAGAUAAGACAACAAUUACAUCAAUAUUAACACAUUUAGCCAAAUAUGGAUAA